UCAGAGGAGUUCACCACCGGCCCAGUGGAUAAUAUCAUGAUUAACUCGACUGUGGACAUUUUGAAAGGUCAAUAAGGAAAGGAAAGGAAAGGAAAGGAAAGGAAAGGAAAGGAAAGGAAAGGAGGACGUGUCUUAAACGACUGCAGAGAAGCUUUUCCACAGAGAGACGCAGUAGGUACAUGUGCGGUGAGCGACAGCUAGGAGAGCAGUUCAGGGCACGAGCCAAAGGCGCACACACCCACUAGCAGAGAGCAAGGCUGCAUUAUUCAACGGAUCCUCUUCUCUCUACUCUCCUCUGGGCCAGUGACUCACCCCCUCUGCACCUCUUGCUGAGCCAUUAUUACCAUGGAAACCCCGAGCCAGAAACGCGGCAGCCGCGGCGGCACCGUCUCCCCGGCCCGCAUCACCAGGCUGCAGGAGAAGGAGGACAUGAUCAACCUCAAUGACCGGCUGGCCGUCUACAUCGACAAGGUGCGCUUGCUGGAGUCUGAGAACGCCGGGCUGCGCCUGCGCAUCACCGAGUCGGAGUCCUCCAUGACCCGCGACCAGUCGGGCAUUAAGGCGGCCUACGAGGCAGAGCUGGCCGACGCCCGCAAGACCCUGGACCAGGUGGCCAAGGAACGAGCACGCAUGCAGCUUGAGCUGAGCAAGCUGAGGGAGGAGUACAAGGAGCUCAAAGCCAGGAACGGCAAGAAGGAGUUUGACCUGGAGGCGGCGCUGGCCAGGCUGAAGGACCUGGAGGCCCUGCUGAACUCUAAAGAUGCUUCCCUCUCCACUGCCCUGGGGGAGAAGCGGACCCUGGAGGCUGAGUUGAAGGACCUCAAGGCCCAGCUGGCCAAGUUGGAGAGCAGCCUAGCCGAUGCCAAGAGGCAGCUGCAGGACGAGAUGCUGAGGCGGGUGGACGCCGAGAACCGCCUGCAGACGAUAAAGGAGGACCUGGAGUUCCAGAAGAACAUCUACAACGAGGAGCAGCGUGAGUUCAAGCGCCGCCAAGAGACCCGCAUUACGGAGGUGGACGGCAGCCGGCAGCGGGAUUAUGAGAGCAAGCUGGCCGAGGCCUUGAUGGAGAUGAGAGCUCAGCACGAGGAGCAGCUCCGCCUCUACAAGGACGAGGUGGAGAAGACCUACAACUCUAAGCUGGAGAACGCCCGUCACUCAGCCGACAGGAACAGCCACUUGGUGGGAGCCGCUCACGAAGAGCUGCAGCAGACCCGUGUUCGAAUGGAGGGCAUGUCAGGUCAGCUCAGCAUGCUGCAGAAACAGCUGGCGGCGAGCGAGGCCAAGGUGCGGGAGCUGGAGGAGGCCCUGUCGAGGGAGCGGGACCUGAUGCGGCGGCGCCUGGAGGAUAAGGAACGGGAGAUGGCUGACAUCCGAAACCGGCUGCUGCUGCAGCUGGACGAGUACCAGGAGCUGCUGGACAUCAAACUGACCCUGGACAUGGAGAUUGCUGCUUACAGGAAGCUGCUGGAGGGAGAGGAAGAGAGGCUGCGUCUGUCACCUGGCCCUUCACCCACCACCAAGGUCACCGUGACACGGACCUCCGGCUCAGGCCACAGUCACACCAGCCGCCUGGUCCAGGGCUCCGCCUCCGGCUCAGGCCACGGCCACAGCCACACCGGCCGCAUGCUCCUCUCCGGCGCUGCCGCAGGCACCGCCAGUGGCACCGCCUCCAGCAGCCGCAACUCCUCCGGAACAGCCAUCGCCAAGAAGCGCCGCCUCAAUGACAACGACAGCGAGACCUCCAGCCAGGCGGGGGGCACCGUGACCAAGACUCGCAUUAGUCAGCACGCCUCAGCCAGCGGUCGCAUCACAGUGGACGAGGUUGACCUGGAGGGCAAGUUCAUCCGUCUCGGCAACAAGGCCGACGAGGACCAAAAUCUGGGCAACUGGCAGGUGAAGAGACAAGUAGGUGAUACCAACCCCAUCAUCUACAAGUUUCCCCACAAGUUCACUCUGAAGGCCGGAGGAACUGUCACUAUCUGGGCUGCAUCUGGCGGUGGAACCCACAACCCCCCCUCCGACCUGGUGUGGAAGAACCAGAACUCCUGGGGCACCGGCGACCUCCUGCAGACCAUCCUCAUCAGCGCCAACGGAGAGGAAAUGGCCAUGAGGAAAGUGACACGCACCCUGUUCCAUGAGGACGAAGAUGAUGACAUGGAAGCUCACAGCACCAGCGGCGCAGACAACGAGUACAACCUGCGGAGCCGCACGGUGAUCUGCAACUCCUGCGGACAGACGUCAGACCGCGGCGGCGGAGGUCUACCUGAGGGCCUCGUGGGACAAACCUUCUUCAUGGGGACCAACGAGCGCAAACAGGGCCGUGCCAAGCCGGAGAACUGCUCCGUCAUGUAAAAACCAGAGCGCACCUCACCUGAACCCAGCACCUCCUGCAGCCCACUAAGGAGGAGAAUAACAGUUUUCUACCGUUGGGUUAUUUGUCUUUAUUAUUUUUUUUUAUAUAUAUAUGAUCUUAUUUUUUGUACUCAGAUUAAUCUGCAGGUUAGAAUCGCUUCGAGGUUUUUGGGCAAAGGGCACAGGAUUCUCAUAUUCUGAGUUUGUAUAUUCAAGUUAUGUUAUUGCAUGUGUGCUGUGCUUAAUGCUUGUCCUGCUCUUCUUGCACGUUCUCACACACACACACACGCACACACACACACAGCUCCAUUGACCAGUGCUCGUGCUUCGAUCCGAGCCGGGGUUUCACAUUUAAUGGCCAUGCUGUCAACACUCAACACGCACAGCUAGUGAACCCUGUCAGGAAUCCGUCUCUGCAGCCACACAGACGACAGGGAGACCGAGUCCUGUCGGGUUUGUUAAUCAUGUUUAUCACCCAUCAAAUUGAUCAAAUCUUUAUUUAAGGUGUUGUUGAUGUUUACAAUUUAAAUGUCCUCGUUGGUUAUUUUUGGAACAGUAUUGUGCUAUCUUUAUAUGCUACAGAGAAAAUAUAUAGCAUUUUGUUUUUGUUUUGAUAAACUAUGUUGGAAAAGUCUCCAAAGAAAGCCAAAGUACUAUAAGCUCAGGGUGUUCAGCAGGUUGUUUUUUUCACCUUUUAGCCUUAGACAAACAUGUCGUAGUGCGUUUUCUGUGUGGAUUUAGAUCAUACGGUUGGGCUGCUACGGUGCACACAGAGAAAAUAAUCAUUUGAGACGAAUAAAUGUUUCUCUGCAGAGAGAUGGCCCCCAGAGAGAUGUAUUUGGUUAUGCUUUUGAAGGUGUGUAGAAAUAAGGAGUUCUUGUUUGCUGGAUAAGUCGAACGUACUCAGCUCUAAAUGUGUAUCUCAGUUUAAGACACGUUGCUUUAUUAAGUAACUCCAAAGAUGUUUUGUCAUGAUGAUAGAAAAAUGUAGGAUUUUUUGGGGAAAUAUCAGGAAUAGGUGCUAUGUGUUGAGUCUUUACUGGUGCAGUAUAUACAGUAUAUAUUUGUAGGAUUUUACAGCUUAUUCAACCAAAUUGACAUUAUUCUAAUAGUAGCUUUUUGGGAAACAUUUUAACAAGAUCUUUUUACAAAAUACAAAUGUGCCUUCAGUGGACAGAACAACAAUCAGUGUUCUUUAUGCAGUGUUGUGACUGUCAGCUGUCUGAUUUGCUCCUAUAAACUGGUCAUAUGGGCUUUUCCUUUUCCUCUUAAGCUUACCGGCUUUGCAAAUCCCCAGGCGUGGUUUUGGGAUCUGAGUGGGGUUGUGGGGUUUCUAUACUUUGUGACUUUGGCUUCAUGCGCUGCUUUUAUUACGGGCCUCAACAAAUAUGCACAGCAGCAGGUAGAUUUGUACUGUAGUCUGGCAGCUUAAGUCAUUUAUACUCCAAUGAAAAGCAUAUCAAAACAUUUACGGAAAAUACUUGAUAGCUUUUGAUAUUUUCUUUUUUUUGUAUUGUUCUUAUUAGAUGGUAUUUGUGCCACAUUAGAAUUGUUUUUGCCUUUAGUAGAUUUUGACACUAUGAUCCCCAAAGUGCCUUAAAAAGUCCAUGACAAUCGUUGGUUAAAGAAAUGGCCAGCUCCAAAGAUAACGCUGAUUUAUAAUUAACAAAGACGUAGUAUUUAUCUCAUUUGUGCAUGCAAAUAUGAGACAUGAUGACUGUGUGAAAUAUAUGCAACAGAAACAGGUCAUUUAAAAGUUGUGGUCAGGGUGUUUCAGAGGCCUGUCAGACGGAUUGUAAACCAGAAAGAAACUUCUUCUUGUUUUAGUGUUGACUUAAAGGGGACAUAUCAUGCUCAUUUUCAGGUUCAUACUUGUAUUUUAGGUUUCUACUAGAACAUGUUUACAUGC